AUGGUUUGGCUGCGGCUGGCCAAGUUCUACCUCAAGAGGACGAACAAAGCAGAGCGAUCCCGUUUCCUCCUUCUGGGCCUCUCCCCCGAUUACUUGACGAAAGCACUCGAGGAAGGCCUCUCAGACGAGACCCCUUUCGAUUCCCUUUAUUACCGUUUAGCCAACUUGUUCUCCAAUACCCAUACCUUACGUGACGCUCUACAGCAGCUAAAUUCCCGUAAACUACGAGCGGAUGAGUCCAUCACCAGUCUUGUCAACGACAUAGAACGCCUUGGG